AUGCGCGUUGAAAAUCAGAAAAAAGGCCUUCCAAGAAUUCUUUUUCGGUAUCAGCCGUCAACCGACUUCGAGAAAUGUUUCUGGUUAAUUCUAAAAGCGCACUUCGAUCCGUAUCGUUCAGAUCGCCGAAAAAUGUUAAUAGACUGGAUGGAAUAA